UUCUCUCCAAACUCAACACCCCACCACCUCCCCCUCCUUUUUUUUUUCCUCUUCCUAAAACCGCGGUUUCCGUGUACAACAUUUCUGGUCUCAAAGAUUUGAAUUUGCGGGCGCGGAUCCACUUCCGCUCCUCCGAGAUCUACCCAAUGAUGUCUUCGGGGACAUCCUCGUACUGGUGCUACCGUUGCAGCCGCUUCGUCCGUGUCAUGCUUCAAGACGACGCAGCCACCGCCCUCGUCUGCCCCGACUGCGACGGCGGCUUCAUCGAGCAGAUCGACCACCCCGUCGACAACCGCCGCCGCCGCUUCCCAACCCGCUCCCCCUUCAACCCCGUCAUCGUCCUCCGCGGCGCCGCCGAGGAGAGCCGCGGCUUCGAACUCUUCUACGACGACGGCGCCGGCUCCGGCCUCCGACCCUUGCCGCCGAGCAUGUCGGAGUUUCUUCUCGGAUCUGGCUUCGAUAGGCUUCUGGAGCAACUUUCUCAGAUCGAGAUCAACGGAAUUGGGAGAUACGAGCACCCCCCGGCGUCAAAAUCGGCCAUUGAUUCGUUACCAACGCUGGAAAUCAAUGAUGGUCAUUUGUCUUCGGAGUCGCACUGCGCGGUUUGCAAGGAAGCUUUCGAGUUAGGCACUGCGGUGAGGGAAAUGCCGUGUAAGCAUAUAUACCACCCUGAAUGCAUAUUACCGUGGCUCGCACUUCACAACUCAUGCCCCGUUUGUCGGCACGAGUUACCUGUGGAUUCUCCAAAUUCAAAUUUGAAUCAGGGUCAAAAUGUUGGCUUUAGCGAGGAAGAGAACGUGGGGUUGACGAUUUGGAGGUUGCCCGGUGGAGGGUUUGCCGUGGGGAGAUUCUCCGGCGGUAGGAGAGGCGGCGAGAGGGAGCUUCCGGUGGUGUACACUGAGAUGGACGGUGGAUUCAACAAUGGGGGUGAGCCGAGGAGGAUUUCGUGGUCUUCGAGGGGGAGUAGAGGGAGAGAGAGUGGAGGGUUGAACCGGUUUUUCAGGAAUUUGUUUGGUUGCUUCAGAGGUGGUGGUGGUGGUGGUGGUGGUUCUAGUACAGAGUCCAUGAGGGCGAGUUCUUCUCGGUCUAGUAUGGUUCCCUCUCCGCGUUCGCGCAGGACUUGGUCUAUGGAUGUAAACAGUGGGAUGAGAGCGUGGUAGUAGUUGUAAUGGGAAAAAUUAUAAAUGUCAACUUUGUGUCUGGGUUCCCCCCAUGUCAAAGUGUACAUAAUGGGAUUGGUUGAUUGAUUCAGGGUCCAGGAUGUAAUGAAAUGCAAUGCAAUGAUGGGGUUUUGUGAUUGUGUUGGGAUGGGGAACCGUUGUGUUAGCGAUAGCGGGUAGGGAGGGAAAAAUGUGAAACCAAUCGAGAGGAACGAGAUUGAAGGAUUUGUGUAUCUUUGGAAUUUUUGGGGGUGGCUGGGGAGGUAUGAUAUGAAUUACGAUGAUCAUCAUGAACUUCAUUUUUACUUUGAUAAUGAACUGAAGCACCUUCGUAUUGUUUUUCAUUCUGUGCUUUUUUUAUUGGUUGGUACUUUGAUAUGCUUCAGUUUAUGAUCCUUCAAAUUCGUGUUGUUUCUUUUUUUGUCGUAGGUUACAUUUUAGCAUUCUGCUGCUGCCGCCUUGAAUUGUUGAUUGUGUUGAUGUUGCUUUACAUUUGUAUAAUUUUCCUGUCUAGCAAAACUAUCAUUCUUUGAUUCUAGACAAGCAUUUGUGUGGAUUUGUUUGCGUUUGUCUCCUGCUUUAGUUCUUGUUUUGUUGAUCAGGUACCAGUUUUUAACUUCUUAUGGACCAAUAACUCUCGAUACUAUACUGUUAUUGUAGUUCAGUAUAAUAUUAGGACACAUUCUUCAGUACUUUCAAACUCUGAUGGUUGAAGCCUUCAACUUUGUGAUU